AUGAGCCCAAGACGGGAAGGAAACGAAGACGAUAACGCGGCACAGGCGCCGCCAGCAACCGGUCACGAAAGGGCCGCGGCCGCGCCUGCUACGAUCGUCUCUGCCAUCGCUCACGCAAGGAGCGAGGAGCCGGACGCACUGGCGAGGGUUCUCGAGAUGCUCACGGGCAUGGACUUGCGAAUGCAGAAGAUGGAAGCGUCCCAAGCACGCAUGGACGAAGACGAGCGCAUGCGCGGCGCUCACAAGAGCGAGCUGUUCCGAUCAGAGCUCGGGGCGGACUUCGCAGGGCGACUCCACGGCGGAGCAAUGGAGCUUGAGGACUUGCACGAUCGGCAGCCUCAGCAGCAACUGCGGCGUGGACCAGCGCGGCUCAAAGAUAUACGGAUGCGAGCGGGAGAGCAGCUGCAGCACCGUGCUGAUCCGUUGCCUCAGCCGCCUGCCUCAUUGCCGCCAUACCAGCCGCCACCAGUGCCCCAGGCGAUACCGGAAGCUCCAGGGCAGCCAGUACACCAGCGGCAACAAUUGAUGCCGAUGCAGUAUCGCACUCUAGAUGUCAGGCAGCGCAAGCUGGCGAUCCGCAAGUUCGAUGGCACCGAGGUGUACGUUGGACUCGGGUCCGGCUUCUUCGACUGGGGCAAGACGUUUUGGCGCCAGGUCGACAUGGCACAGGAGUCUUGCGGUUUCCUGUGGAGCGAGAAUGUGAAGACUGACGUGCUCGGGCAGUACCUCACUGGCACUGCCGAGCGGUAUUUCAGCAAGCAGGUCGACACGUGGUGUUCCGUGCUGCCUACGUUGCAGUACGCGAUGCAGUGCGUGCUGGACACGUUCAAGACGACGAUAACCGUGGCUCUAGCAAUGAAACUCUUCACGUCGAAGAAAGAGAGCAAGAUAUCCUGGCCAGAACACUACUUGUAUCUGGUCGCUGUCAGCGAAGCUGCGGGCGGCGCUGAGCAGCAGGUUCUGGACAACAUCGUGCGCUACGCCUCGUCUGAGCUGUCGGAAAUACUCAUGGCGAAGUACCAGACGCACCGCACCGACUACCUCGUGCACGCGGAAGAGAUCGCGCACUUCGCGCAAGCAAUCGAGAUGGACUCUCGAUCAGGAAGAUCCUUCGGGAAGGAGGUCGUCGCGCACGUAGACGAGUCCGUGUCGCGCAGGGAAACACGCACUUGCCACGGGUGUGGGAAGGUCGGCCAUCUGAAGAAGGACUGUCGCAUCAAGAAGAAUGACGACAAGAAGAGGGGCAGAAGCCUAAAAGACGGCGGCAGCAUCACGCUAGCUGUUGGUGAAGGAAGAGGUCGCAACGGCUCGCGCGCCACCGGUCAAAGUCUGGCGAUGGCGAUUGAUAACGACAGCGAUGAAGAAGAUGACGACUGGAUACUCGACAGCGGUUCCAUCCGCCACCUUUUGAACGACGCAUCCCUGCUGCGCGACGCGAGGGACUGCGAUCAAGAGUGCCACUUGGUAGAUGGGGAGACCAUCAGGUUAACGCAUGUCGGAAGCGUCGUGCUGACUGUGCUCGCGAGAGGACAGCAGCAAGAUGUGACGCUAACGGACGUGUAUCUGGCGCCUGAGCUAUCACGCAACAUCAUUUCCUACGGUAAGCUCGAGUUCAAGAGGUUCGGGCUCGUCUACGACGGCGAGUCGCGCGUGUUGGCACGGCGCAGCAAUGGCCAAGUCGCGUUCGAUGUGGCGAUGGACCACAAUGUGCUCUACGUCCAGACAGUCGCAGCGACUCACGAGCCACGAGCUCCUAGCGACGUGCAAAUGGCGAUCCUGACGACCCGACAGCUCCGGAAGAAUCCGAGUCGGACACGCAAAGCGGCUCGCUGUUGCGCAGCCACCGAAGGCUUGGGCAUCUCGCGUACGACACAGUCGAGCGUAUGGCGAGAGACCCCGCGUCCGGCAUCGGACUAA